AUGAACAGCAGCCUGAAUACCAAGUCUCGUUUGCUGUUGGUACGCCUCGAGCAGGCGGGCCGUAGGUCCAUGUCGUCCACAGCCAAUGUGUGGGUUGACAAGAACACCAAAGUCAUCUGUCAAGGAUUCACCGGAAAGCAGGGAACAUUCCACUCGACCCAAGCCAUUGAGUAUGGGACCAACAUGGUUGGUGGAGUCACUCCCAAGAAGGGAGGUCAGACUCACUUGGGAUUGCCAGUGUUUAAUACCGUCCAAGAAGCCAAAGAGGAAGUCAAUCCAGAUGCCUCUGUCAUUUACGUACCCCCUCCAUUCUGUGCUGCCGCGAUUUUGGACGCCAUUGAGGCAGAAAUUCCGUUGGUAGUGGCAAUCACCGAAGGAGUCCCCCAAAAAGACAUGGCCAGGGUCAAGUACGCGCUCCGUAGCCAGACGGCCACUCGUUUGAUUGGACCCAACUGUCCUGGAAUCAUCAAACCAGGAGAAUGCAAAAUUGGAAUCAUGCCUGGAUACAUUCACACAAAGGGAAAGAUUGGAGUCGUUUCUCGUUCUGGAACAUUGACCUACGAAGCUGUGCAUCAGACCACUACCACUGGCUUGGGACAAUCCACUUGUGUCGGAAUUGGUGGAGAUCCUUUCAAUGGAACCAACUUUAUCGAUUGCUUGGAACGUUUCACGAACGAUCCCGAGACGGAAGGAAUCAUCAUGAUUGGUGAAAUUGGAGGAAGUGCCGAAGAAGAAGCUGCCGCCUGGCUCAAAGAACACGGAGACCCCAACAAGCCCGUUGUGGGUUUCAUCGCUGGAAUGACAGCUCCACCAGGUCGUCGUAUGGGCCACGCUGGGGCCAUUGUUGCCGGAGGACAGGGAGGAGCUGCCGAAAAAUUCGCAGCAUUGGAAGAUGCUGGAGUUCACAUCUCUAGAUCUCCUGCUCGUCUGGGAGCCACAAUGUUGGAAGCGAUGGGUUUGCCUCCCCCAGGAGAAGCCGCGGCAUAG